GUUAUUUCGAGAAUAGAUUUGUAUCUCUUGGAGAGUUUACGAAAGCAGAACUAUAAUGCAUCAUCCGAGGGUUAACCACACACGGUGUUCUCACUGUAAAUGAACAAAAACAGUUCUUAAGCUGGAGGCAAGAGAAGAGAUAAAAUGAGAUCAUUCGUACAAUGCCAAGGACAAUUCUGAUGUGGCAGUCAGUGAUCCUUUGCCACUAUGAAGAAGCGAUCUGCAAUUCAUUUAAUCUUAUUUGCUGCAUUAGUUUUGCUUGCAGCCCAGUUAAGCCUUCUUGCAAUACUAUUAUAUCCACACAGUAAAAGGAAGACAGACUACAGCGGAGACAUUCAGAUUAUUUCUAAUAUUACAGCACAGUUGCAAUUGCAGCUUAUCAUCAUUGAUAAAAUAAUUCUAGAUAAUAUCAGUGGCAGUAAGAAGUCUUCAGAUACUGGAUGCCCAUGGUGUACCGAAGAUAGGAUUGUAUCUUUUGCAACACUGUUUAGAGAACUGAAGAACAUUGAAGUUUUGGUUAGGAGGGCUGAAGAUGAAGGCUUCAAGACAGUUGUAUUUCACAAUGUGCAUCCAGUAGAGAAACUGCCGACUGGCAAUUCUGACAUCCCAGUGUGCGUUUUCUUGAAGCACAAGGCGGUGAUCCAGUUAGUUUUAUUCCAUGACCGUGAAGCAAAUUUUUGGUGGCACGGGAGUAUUCACAGUGACCCAGAUGCUCUUCAUCAAUUGUUUAGUCUUGGAGUCAACCAAGGCUUUAGUUUUAUGAAUCAUGAAGGUGCUUAUGACAAAUUUGUGACAGAAAAACUUGACUUACAUGGUACUGCAUUCUACGUGCCAAAGAAUAUUCCAGACUUUCUACAUGAUUCAUUAAACUCUCGGUUUCUUGAGUGCAGACAUCAAAGUGCUCAUCAGUUUUAUCAGAAGUAUGGAAAAGAUAAAUCACACGAGGCCUUGAGAUUUUCACAUAGAGCAUGGAAGCUUUUAUCGCGAACUAAAACGAUACUUGAUUCAAUAGGCGUUAGAUUUUGGCUGAGCAGUGGUACAUGUCUUGGCUACCUACGACAAUGUGACAUAAUACCGUAUGGCAGGGAUGUGGAUAUUGGAAUAUUUAUCACAGAUUACAAUGAAAAGAUUGUAACAGAAUUUCUGUCCCACGGUUUUACUCUCAAGCAUUGGUUUGGAAAGAUUAAUGACAGUCUUGAAAUAUCAUUUAAAACUGGAGAUAUCAAAUUAGAUAUUUUCUUUUUCUACGAGGAAGAGUAUUGGGUUUGGAAUGGUGGGACACAAGCAAAAACUGGAAAGAAGUUCAAAUAUAUUUUUCCACGGUUUACUCUCUGCUGGACAGAGUUUCUGGAACUUAAAGUUCGUGUACCUUGUGAAACGGAAACAUAUAUUGAAGCCAACUAUGGUAAGAACUGGCGCAUUCCUGUAGUUCAUUGGGACUGGAAGAGCAGCCCUCCAAAUGUUAGGGAGAAUGGUGUGUGGCCAGUACAGGAGUGGCAGCAUGUGAUUCAGGUGUAUGAUUAAACGUCUCCGAGUGGGCCGAGUAGAACUAAAUGUCUGAAAGGCAGUAUUGUUAUUUUCUGAAGGUGCUUAUUUGAGAAGUUAUAUCUAUUCAAUAAAAGCCAUUAUGCUUUUCUGGAAAAACAAAAAAAACACACAAGAAAUGUAAAUUUGUAACUGAGGUAUGUAACAAUGGAAAGUGAAGGUUGAAAUAUCAACAGUAUUAUGAAAAGUCAGACUGCUACUCGCUC